UCCUCAUCAGCUGGUCGGCCACCAUGUGGGCCUCCCGGCCUGCUGCGGCGGCGCGGCCGGUUGAGGCUGGGCUCGGCCCGGCCCGCGACGGCUGGCCGCCGACGAGCGCGCUCGCGCUGCUCGUCAAAAUGGCGGCGGUGUCGAUUGCGGCGACGGUCGUUCAGUCGCUCAGCGCUCAGGCGUCUGUCGUCUGUCGUCUGUUGUCGCAGUUCGCACACGCGCGCGCUCCGCGAGGGCAUGAGCCUUCCGCGAUUCGAUCCCGCAGCCAAAAGCUGCUCGCUCGAACCGCGGCCGACUCUACCAUCGCGGCCGCAGCUGUUGAGCUCUCCAGAAGACUGGUGCCUGAUAUGCUGCCUCCCUGCGGAUGCUGCCGGCGAGCCUGGCGGUCCGCUGACUACAAGGAAGUGCUGACUCGAUUUCUACUCGAAUUUUUCUACCCCCACGACUCGGAACGCGAAUGUGACAGGACCAUCGGGUCCUUCGGCCACCAAAGCGAGAUCACCCGAGAGCAGCUGAGUCUGCCUCUGGCCUCGCCUCCCUCUCCUCCAGGGACCAGGCAUUCGUGGCAUCCUAUGGGUCGUCCAGAGUAUCGACCUCUGGCCCAUGAAGUACAGAGCGAUCGCCACCUCGCUGGCCUCUCCGCAAGGCCCCCCGACCGCGUCGAACUCAUCGGCGCGGGCUCUCUCGGCUACGGGACCGGCCCCAGCUUCGGCUGAGGGCUGACAAGCUGCCGAGCCCAAAUCACUGU